CAGGUGAAACGGUUCCGGUGACACCACGAGACCCCGAAGCGCCACUUAUUAAAAUGGAACGCCAAGCACCAGAAGUAGCGGCGGUAGCAGGACGCCCACCAGCCAGCAGGGAGGCGGGAAAGGAGCAGUGGUGGGAGGGUCGGCCGCGUCCCUACUUCAGCGAUACGCCCACCAACCUCACCGUCAUCUCUGGCCAGACCGCCUUCCUCCACUGCCGCGUCCACAUGCUUGGCGAGCGCUCGGUGACAUGGAUGAGAGCCCGCGACCUCCACAUCCUGACGGUGGGCUUCAUCACCUACACGGCUGACGAUAGGUUUCAGGUACUCCACAGCCCCCACACUGACGACUGGACGUUGCAGGUACGAUCCAGCCAGCCACGGGACGCAGGAACUUACACGUGUCAGGUGAACUCAGACCCAAAGAUUGUGAGAAACGUUUACCUGAGUGUCACAGAUAAGCGUUACCUCGACGGGAGACUGUACAAAAUACCACCAGGAGCCGGAGACCAAGACCCCCAGUACGGAACCCACAUCGUCGGGGGCUCCACCAGGGUGCUACAGGCUGGGUCGUCUCUCGUCCUGGAGUGCGUGGUCACCCAUACAGGAGCGCCACCUCCAGCUGUUCUCUGGCUUCGCAACGCACUUCCCUUACACUAUGACUCCCCUCGCGGCGGUGUCUCCAUGCAAGUAGAGAAGUCCCUGGAGCACACCACGUCCCGCCUCUCGCUCUCCGCCGUCAGGGAGGAAGACACAGCCAACUAUACUUGUGUCCCUGUCAACUCUUCCUCCGCAGUCGCCGCCGCUGCCUCCGUCGCUGUUCAUGUUAACACAGCGGACGAGUUAAGGGCAGCCGUGCAUCAGGGGGGUCUGAGCAGCGCGCCCCCGCCUCCCACCGCCUCCCUGUACUACUCCAUCACCCUCACCCUGGCCAUGGCGGUGGUGGUGGUGGCGGUAUUAGUGAGUCACACGUGGCCCGCCCAACUCUCCUAGCGCCGGUGAGAGA